AUGCUGGAUCCCGAGGGGGGCCACUCGCCCCAGCCCCCCGACUCAGCCCUCAUCUACAGCAACAUGGGUGACCAGCCCGAGGGAGCCGAGCCCCCCCCAGAGCAGGGGCUGGCCCGUCACUGUCGGGAUGACACCCUGCCGCACACCAGUAGCAUCCUCUACAGCAUCCUGCCAGCCCAUCCGAGGUGUGAGGAGGGGGCUGCCAGCUCCAGCCCACCACGGGAUAGACCUUGCUGGGGACCCAAAAGGCCCCUGACCAAGUCCCAAAGCCUGGGGGCACCUGUGGCCCAGAGCAGCCUGCAGAAAGGCAACCUGGCACCAUCGCCCAGCCCAGCGGAGCUGACGUUCAUGACCCCUGACGGGGAGCUUGGACACCUCUUUCAGGCCCUGGAGAGCAGAGCUAAGGUGUGCGAGGUGGUGGUGGGGUGCCAGUGGGCAUCUCUGGCCCGGCUCUCAGCCCACAUCCAGGAGGAUCUCCUGGGGAAGGAGGACUGGCAGCAGCUGUUGGGAGCAGAGCUGGCAGGGAAGAAAUGGGCAGAUCUCAAGAUCCUGGAGAAGGACCCAUGUUGUGAAUCAGGGGAUGCCUGGUACUUCCGAGUCGGCUUUGCCUUUGAACAAGCCCAGCUGGUAUUUGCAGCCAAGGUCCUCAAGUCCCGCUCCUGCAGCCUGGCCGUGCAGACCUCCCUCGGGGUGCACUGUAGCAUACAGCGAGUGAUCGGCCACUUCACUGACUCCCUCCCUCAGGAGCUUGCACUCCCAAGAAACCCCAGGAAGCACAGACAGUCUCUGUCCAGAGAAGAGGACACAGCCCUCUUUGGCUCCCCUCCUGUCCUGCAGGUUCUCAUUUCUCCUGAGGUUCCCUACCAGACCCUGGCAGACUUUGUAAAGGAAUCUCACGACGUGCACAGGGCCAGCCCCGGUCACUAUGAACGCCUGGCUUGCCUCCUCCUUCUGCAGGUGUGCACAGGGCUGGAGCACCUCAAAAUGCAGAACGCUGGUCAGGGAGACAUCUGCCCAGAGAACCUGCUGUUAGUGCAGUGCCCUUGUCCUCCCCUGAGCCAGCAAGGCAAAGAGACAUCCCUGGGGCUCUCCCUUCCAAGGCUACUCAUCAGUAACUUCUUCAAAGCUAAAGAAAAGAAAAGACCUACUUCUACAACCCAAGAGCAAGACUGGACCAAAGGGUUUUCUGCACCUCUCUCCCCAGUGGCAGAUGAGCUGAAUAUAGGCAUGCUGAUCUAUACACUCUUGCAUGUGGACAUCUCCUUGGAAAAUGCCUUGGGCCUCAGAAGGAAUAGGCUUCCUGAAAUCCCAUCCCUGUCUAUCUAUUCCACAGGACUUAAGCGUUUGGCCAUGUUGCUUCUUCACAGAGAACCCUGCAAGAUGGUCUCUGUUGAACAGGCAAAGAGCAUCCUGCAGGUCCUGCUCUGGGGGCCUCGCCAGGAGCUCUUUGCCAGGAGCAAGAAGACACUUGCCUUGCUCCAGAGCUGGAUGGAUGUCAAGAGGGCUCUGCUACUGCUAAAGUUUGCAGAGAAGAUGGCUGGGGCUGGAGGAAGUCCCAGCCUUGAGGAUUGGCUGUGCUGCCAGUACUUUAAAGAGGCCACUGAACACACGGUCUACCAAGCAACCCAGGCUCUCUACAUUCCCUGAAGCCUGGAGGGUUUAUGCAUCGAACUCUUGGAGACUUUCAUCCCCUUCAUCCUCUCACUCUGCUGAAGAAGAGAUGGAGUCAUCGGAGUCAGAAGACCAGGCAGUUCACUGAACACUGAGGCUGAAGAUGUUAUGUGCUUGGGAGAUCCUGCUGAGGGUUACCCAAAGACAAGCUAAAGCUCAACCUGCCCAAGAGGCCUCCUGGAAGCCAAGAGCCCAUGGAGAAUGGGUGACCUGGCCAAAUCUGCCAACCUCCCUCUCCCACAAGAAACCAAAGCUAAUCCUGGUAGCUUGGCUGGGAAAACUCUUUUUCUAAAGCUCUGCACUGGGAUGCUGCUUCUUCUAUAGCUCAUUAAUGACAAUCCUAAGUAAGCUGGGACCAAAUUCCUACCCUAUGUUACCUUGGAAGGAACUCCCACAAUGCGGGAUGUAUUUUUGCUCCUUCAGACAAUUUUCAUUUGAGGAUAUGAAUCCAGUUCAUUGGAGCAUCUCAGAAGAGGUGCCUUGAUGGAAGCCACAGGAUCAAGUGCCAGUUAAGGGGCUGAUUAUCCUGAAUGGGGUUUACAGGGCUUAGCCUCCAGACAAAAAAAAAUCCUAGUCCUUCAGACCCCUCCUCCUGCUUCACCUGAGAUGAUGCUCUGUUUUAAACAAUACAAUGGCAACUAUUACAGUUCACCUUAAGGCAUUCCUAGCCUCACUCUAUAGAAAGAGUUUGUGGCACUGUCGCAAAUAUAAAUGACAUUUCCAAGAGGGAAAUACACCAGCCA